AUAACCCGGCGCCCUCCCAAGUCCCACCUCACCCUCCCAAGUCUCCCCUCCUUUUGACUCCUCCGAAACCGCGGGCUGCUCCCGCGCCGCCCACCGGCGGCAGCAACCACCCCGACGUCUACAUAAACCACCACCCUCCCCGAACCCAACCAGCCCACCCCACCAAUGGCGUCCUCUCUCUUCUCCACCCCGUCCCAAACCCUAGCCCCUGCCCCGGCCACCGCGCGCCUCCGCGUGGCGCCGCCGGCGCAGGUGCCAUUCCCUCGCCUCCCUCGCCGCGUCGCACGUGGGCUCCGCGUGCGCUCGUCGGUGGCGAUCGAGAAGGAGACCCCGGAGAGCGAGCCCCCGCAGACGUUCCUGCGGGAGGACGGGCGCGGGGCGGGCUCCGGGUCGGUGCGGGAGCGGUUCGAGGCCAUGAUCCGCCGGGUGCAGGGGGAGAUCUGCGCGGCGCUCGAGGAGGCCGACGGCAGCGGCGCUCAGUUCGUCGAGGACGUGUGGUCGCGACCAGGCGGUGGGGGCGGCAUCAGCAGGGUGCUCCAGGACGGGCGCGUCUUCGAGAAGGCUGGGGUGAACGUGUCCGUCGUGUACGGGGUCAUGCCACCCGACGCGUACCGCGCGGCCAAGGGGGAGGCCGGAAAGAACGGGGCGGCUGAUGGGCACAAGGCUGGGCCCGUGCCCUUCUUUGCAGCGGGGAUUAGCUCGGUGCUUCAUCCAAAGAACCCAUUUGCCCCGACAUUGCAUUUUAACUACCGUUAUUUUGAGACCGAUGCACCAAAAGACGCUCCUGGUGCACCAAGACAAUGGUGGUUUGGGGGUGGUACUGAUUUGACUCCUUCAUAUAUCAUUGAAGAGGAUGUGAAGCAUUUUCAUUCUGUUCAAAAACAAGCAUGUGAUAAGUUUGAUCUGAGUUUUUACCCAAAAUUCAAAAAAUGGUGUGAUGAUUAUUUCUGUAUCAAGCACCGCAAUGAGCGACGUGGGCUUGGUGGAAUAUUUUUUGAUGACCUUAAUGAUUAUGAUCAAGAAAUGCUUCUUGGCUUUGCUACUGAAUGUGCAGACUCUGUACUCCCUGCAUACAUACCAAUCAUAGAACGGCGGAAGGACACUCCAUUCAACGAGGAGCACAAGGCAUGGCAGCAACUGCGGAGAGGUCGCUAUGUGGAGUUCAACCUUGUCUAUGAUCGUGGUACCACAUUUGGCCUUAAGACUGGAGGAAGGAUUGAGAGCAUACUGGUGUCUCUUCCACUUACUGCACGGUGGCAGUAUGAUCAUAAACCGGAACGAGGGACUGAAGAAUGGAAACUUCUAGACGCGUGCAUGAACCCAAAGGAGUGGAUCUGAUUACCCGAAGUUUGUUUGUUCUUCAAAUCUUUUGUUAGUAUUCCUCACCCUCUGUAGCAUUAAUAGCUCCGAUUAUGUGAAGUAUUUUGCCAUGUGUAGAAUCGUGAAUAAACAUGAUGUGAUGCGAGUUAGAGUUUUAUAGAAACGAGGUUUAUUGUGCUUCUGUUGUAUCUGUUUCUUUUUCCAAGUGAAUGAAAGACGACCAUUGCCCGUGGUUUUUCGCA